UUGCAGGAGACACUUUCCCCGGAUUCAUCCACAGGCUUUAAGUUGGAAAAACAAAUCUAAGGAAAGAUGCACUGAGAGAAGGGGAUCCAAAUCUAGAUCUCUGGAAGUGUGAAAGCUGCUGCCCAAGAGGGGAAAAUUCAUCACCAGCCUAGCAUAGAGAAGAAGGAAAAGAAGGAAAUCAAUCAUGCAGCAGUGACAGGCUGACAGAACACGUCCCUCCCAGCCCAACGCAGCACAGAGAGCCUGGGAACCCAGAAAGCCAUACAAAAAUAUUAGAAUCAAGCAAAAUAAUCAGCACUUCUGGCUAAAGAAAUGCUGGGAAGGAAACACUGAUCACUACGGAGAGGCAAUGAGCAGCAAGGGAGGGGAGGAAUGAACAGUGCUCAUCUAACAUACAAGUCACGUCUUUUUUUUUUUUUUUUUUUUUGAGGGCAAAGUGGAGAGAGACGCCAUGCUCAGGCUGUGCUGGGAACUAAUGUGAUACCUAGUGAAGAUGGCGUAUAUACAGUUGGAACCGAUAAAUGAGGGUCUGCUCUCUAGAAUAUCGGAUCUCUUGCUGUGCAGAUGGACUUGUAGAAAUUGUUGUCAGAAGUGUUUUGACUGUAGCUGCUGUCAGUCGAGCGAAGAUGAAGUUGAAAUCCUGGGACCUUUUCCUGCACAGACACCAGCAUGGCUGAUAAGCAAUCAGAAUGAAGAUAAAGAUGGAGACUCUGAUAACACAACCAGUGAGCCACCGCCAACUCCUCAGGACUCUUCUCCUGACAGAAGGCGAUCAUCUUCAGAUACAUCACGGUCCACUUACAGCCUCACAAGGCGGAUUUCAAGUCUAGAAUCAAGGCGGCCAAGUUCUCCACUAAUUGACAUUAAACCUAUUGAGUUUGGAAUUAUAGGAGCUAAAAAAGAAAUAGUUCAGCCAACUAUCCUGAGAAAAACAUAUACCCCAGAUGACUAUUUUAGAAAAUUCGAACCAAGACUGUAUUCUCUUGACUCUAAUAGUGAUGACAUGGACUCCUUGACAGAUGAGGAAAUCUUAUCAAAAUAUCAACUGGGCAUGCUGCAUUUUAGUACACAGUAUGAUCUGCUGCAUAAUUAUCUAAUAGUGAGGGUAAUUGAGGCUAGAGAUCUGCCUCCUCCAAUUUCAUAUGACGGUUCAAGACAAGAUCUGGCUCAUUCCAACCCUUAUGUCAAGAUCUGCCUCCUUCCAGAUCAGAAGAACUCCAAGCAGACAGGGGUAAAACGCAAAACCCAGAACCCAGUGUUUGAGGAAAGAUACACCUUUGAAAUCCCAUUUUUAGAAGCCCAAAGAAGAACUCUACUUUUAACCAUAGUGGAUUUUGACAAAUUUUCACGCCAUUGUGUCAUUGGCAAAGUGUCAAUGCCAUUAAAUGAAGUUGACCUUGUGAAGGGUGGACAUUGGUGGAAGGCCCUUGUUCCCAGUUCACAGAAUGAAGUUGAGUUGGGAGAGCUGCUGCUAUCGCUAAAUUACCUUCCCAGUGCAGGAAGACUGAAUGUAGACAUUAUUAGAGCGAAACAACUUCUUCAGACAGAUAUGAGCCAAGGUUCAGAUCCCUUUGUGAAAAUUCAGCUGGUUCAUGGAUUAAAAUUAGCAAAAACCAAGAAAACCUCUUGCAUGAAGGGUACGAUAGAUCCUUUCUACAAUGAGUCCUUCAGCUUCAAGGUUCCGCAAGAAGAACUGGAAAAUGCCAGCUUAGUAUUUACAGCUUAUGGCCACAAUGUGAAAAGCAGCAAUGACUUUAUUGGAAGGAUUGUGAUUGGUCAGUAUUCGACAGGCUCACCAGAGUCAAACCAUUGGCGUCGAAUGCUCAAUUCCCAUCGGACAGCCGUGGAGCAGUGGCACAGCCUGCGGUCCAGGGCUGAGUGUGAUCGCGUCUCUCCAGCAUCUCUUGAGGUGACGUGAGAAUGGUCCUCCGGCAGCCACAAAAGCAAGCAAACAACUGAGGAAAACAAAUCAAACCCCCGCAUACUCCCAUGUGAUCGCCAUGGAAUUGAAAAUAACUGUUACAGCUGCUGGUAACAAACUGGCUGCGUUAGCCUACGUGCCUCAGUGAAACUUCAUAAUGCAAACUACAUAUCACUUGUUCAUGCGCCCCUUGUUCUCACAGGGCCACUACCAAUGUGGCCUGUUGGACCUGUUACUACUUGCAUUAUCUGCUUCAUCCACACCACUGUUUUUAAUCCAUGUAUGGUAUAAUGGAAACUAUUCAAAAGAUCACGAUUAGCUCAGAAGUGUCCAUUGUCUGCUCCAACGUAUUGCCAAGCACAUUAUAUGCUGAUCUGCCAGGUAGAUUCUGAGUUAACUGGAAAUUUUUUGAGUUACCUCCGCAACACUUACAGUACCAAUCCAUGACUCAUUUUAUUGGAGAUGUAAGUACCUGUGUGUUCUCUUUGGUGAAUGUGGUAAAUCGGUUAGAGUAUUUAUUUUUUAAAUGAUAGAAUGUGUGGUAAAAUCACUUCUAACUCUAGUUUUGUCUUUGUACUAGUUUUAACAAAAUUAAACUCCUGUUAGUAAUUUGUGUCUGGGUGUGUGUGUGUAUGUGUUUGUGUGUGUGCAUGUGCAGUGUUACACACACAGAUCCUCACAAACAACCAUGUAUAACAUGGAGCUAAUGUUGUCAGUAAUGAGACCCUGCCACUCUAGUAUAGCAAUCUGUGUAUGUAAAGUAGAGUAUGAUAUAGCAAAAUAAACCUUUUCAAUUAAGUGUGUUCUGGAAAAGCCAUGGCAAGCUUUUAAAGACUUUUCUUAUGGUGUGCAAAAGAACCUGCUUUGGGAGCUUUUGCAGAUAAGAACAACACAGAGUUUUAAUUCCUUUCUUAACAGGCUGCAGUGGGUCCUUCUGUGUUUUAUGUUCGAAACAAGGUAGUUUUUCAAACCACAGAGUGAAUUUUAGCUACAGUCAAGCUGUCUGUUCUGUUGGAUGCUUCUGUACAUUUUUCACGACAUGUUGUCUGGUAUGAUGGAGAGUGUAUAUUUAUUGAAAAUAAAGAUCUAUUUAUUUGUGCCA